AUGUCGGAGCCCAAGUGCCGACCGGUGGGACUGACCGAGUACAGUUGGUGCAAAGCCGUCCCCGGCGGCACCGGCAUAACUGUCCUCGCCCUCCUCAUCUCAAAACCAAUUGAUUUAUCACUCCUCCAAAACGCCCUUCACCAACUACAGAAGUCCCACCCAAUCCUCAACUCCAAACUCCGCCACAACACCACCAUCAACUCAUUCUCCUACACCACACCCUCCACCCCUCACCUCCAGAUCCAACUCUUCGAUCUUCAAUCAACAUCUGACAUCCUACAAGGACUAACCAAUCCUAACAACUCCUCCAUGUCUCACUUCCACCUUAUUCUUGAGCGUGAAAUUAAUACAAACACCUGGUGUGCUAACAAUGAUUCGUUGGACUCUGAAAUUGACGUGUUCUUUGCGAGUGUGUACACUUUAAGGGAUGACAGAUGGGCUGUGAUGCUCCGGCUUCACACGUCGGCGUGUGACCGGACCUCCGCGGUUUCAUUGCUGAGGGAGUUGUUGGGUCUGAUAUGUGAGGGAAAGAAGGAAGAGUUGGAGUUACAGAGGGAAGUAGAGGAGGAAAUGGAGGUUGGUUUGGGAAUUGAGGAUUGUAUUCCCCCUGGGAAAGCUAAUAAACCAUUUUGGGCUCGCGGAGUGGACAUACUUGGGUACUCUUUGAAUUCUCUGAGGUUGGCAAACUUGAAUUUCAAGGACAUUGACUCGCCUAGAUCGUCACAAGUAGUGAAGCUACAGCUGAAUUCGGAUGAUACUGAUCGAAUUCUUUUGGUAAGUGGGAUUUCUUUGUCCUUGGUAAAUUUCUUCAAUAAAAGUCAUGACACCAACAAUUCUUGA